AUGCAGCGCGAACGAUUGACCGUCGCGUUCCCGGAGCACUUUCGGUGCCACAUCACUACCAAGUGCCAUCACAUCGUCACCGCAGUCAGUGACGCUCUCGACGAAACCUUCCAGCAACAAAUGCCCAAGCACCAAAGUAGCUUGUGGGGUCGACUCAGCCAGGAAAAAUAG